UCGAUCUGCCUAUCUUGCUUCUUACUAGUCGCGAAUCAUCGACGAUUCUUCGACGCGCAUUUAUCUCAUUCUCCUCGUCAUCGACUUUGACAACGCCGUUUACUUUAAAGCACACUUACAUAGUCCCAGCUGAAGAAGCUGUCAAAAAGCUCGAUUAACCUGACUAAUCUCAAUGGCCAUCCUCUUGAGAUCGUUUAUACACUCGCUGCUACCUUACUUUCAAUGGCCACUUUCGUGGGCCCAGAUUACACUCUUCAGGUUGUAUAAAGAACUGUGACAACAUCUUCCUAGUUCAAUAAUUUCUAUUAAAUAAAACAAAGGCCGACAUGGGUUGUUGUCCAAUGGAUAUCUCGCGGAAUUGACAGGAAAAUUCAUUCGCUCCUCGUGCUUGGAGCGUUGAGUUUUUAAUACAGAAAGACUCGUUUGUGUUUGCGGAUUCUUGGUUAUUAUAAAUAAAAAAAGAAAAAAAACUUCAAACCUCCUGCAUUUGGGAAGAGUGCAAGUCUUGACAAAUUCUCGUUAAGCAUUAUUCUCAAUCCCCGUUUGCAUGCACAGAGUCCAUGCCAUACAACACCCGUGACGCAUCUUAUUUAGAUAAAGGACGCCUUAUUGCAGCCAGUUUGAAAGAUCAUUCUUUCUACCACCUGCUUAUUAUCGGUUCUUAUCUCAUAAAGAUAAUCUGUUAGGAUUUUAAUUAUUUUUCAUAAAGCAACCCCAAUGCAUGAACGAGCUAACCAUCCUCUAGAGAAUAUUGCAUGUAUGAAUUGCACAUUUCCAAAGGCCGUUCCACUUAUCUUGGCAUCCAGUGGUACCUCGUAAGAGGAACCAAAGUUUAAUUAAUUACGUUACCGGAAGUGCGAAUACAAGGUAUAGUAAAGUGGCAAUAAAUAUUUGAGUGCAUCGCAAGGGAGUAGACGGGGUUGAAGGCGGCGGGGGUGGCCGGUCGGCAGUUUGGAGCUGAGAUAUUGAUUGCAGAACGUGCCUCACGCAUCAUCCACAUUGCGCGCCGAAUCAGCCCUCUCUUAGCGAUUGUCAAGGUCUUCUUUGAGGGAACGACGCCCCAUUUUCUCUCGCUGAAUUUUUCCCCAAAGAUUGCACUAAAGGAAUACUCGCGAUUGGGAUCUUUUUAAAUAGUUGGGUUACCGUAAUGGCAGGACACUGAAAUCGAGCUGGCUGGAGAGUCUAGUCGUGCUCAUCCGAAUUUUCGCCCAGGAAGCAGCCGGAUUACACGAGGAUCAUGAAAAUGGUGUUGUCUCAACGUCAGAGGGAGGAGUUAAAUAAGGCGAUCGCGGACUACCUCAGUACCAAUGGCUAUCAGGAUGCGCUGGAAGCGUUCAAGAAGGAGGCUGAUAUGCCCGGUGAGGUCGAGCGCAAGUACGGCGGCCUCCUUGAGAAAAAAUGGACAUCCGUUAUACGACUGCAGAAGAAGGUGAUGGAAUUGGAGUCGAAGCUCUCUGAAGCUGAGAAGGAAUUCAUUGAAGGAGCACCGACGCGAGGAAAGCGAUCACCGACCGAAUGGAUACCACGACCGCCAGAAAAAUAUUGUCUAACUGGACACAGAGCUCCCAUCAACAGAGUCAUCUUCCAUCCGGUUUUCAGUCUGAUGGUUUCAGCGAGCGAGGAUGCCACCAUCAAGGUAUGGGACUUUGAAAGUGGAGAAUUCGAACGAACGCUCAAGGGCCACACGGACAGCGUCCAGGACGUGGCAUUCGAUGUCUCCGGCAAGCUACUCGUUUCCUGCAGCGCAGACAUGUCCAUCAAACUGUGGGACUUUCACCAAUCCUUCGCCUGUAUCAAGACCAUGCACGGGCACGAUCACAAUGUGAGCUCGGUGUCGUUCAUGCCUCAGGGUGAUUUCAUAGUGAGCGCAUCGCGAGAUAAGACCAUCAAGAUGUGGGAAGUGGCAACAGGCUACUGCGUAAAGACACUCGUCGGUCACAGGGAAUGGGUGAGGAUGGCGCGAGUGAGCCCUUGCGGCGAGCUCAUUGCCAGCUGCUCGAACGACCAGACUGUGAGAGUCUGGCACGUAGCCACCAAGGAGACCAAGGUCGAGCUAAGGGAUCACGAUCACGUAGUUGAGUGCAUCGCGUGGGCACCAGAGAACGCGAGGGCGUCCAUCAAUGCCGCAGCAGGUGCCGACAACAAGGGUGCUCACGAGGGUCCCUUCCUGGCAUCCGGAUCCCGGGACAAGACGAUUCGCGUCUGGGACGUCGGGGCCGGUGUCUGUCUCUUCUCCCUCCUCGGACACGACAACUGGGUCCGCGGCAUCGUCUUCCACCCUGGUGGCAAAUUUAUCGUCAGCGCAUCCGACGACAAGACGCUACGAGUCUGGGACACGCGCAACAAACGGGCAAUGAAGACGCUCGAAGCGCACGUUCACUUUUGCACCUCUGUCGAUUUCCACAAGAACCAUCCGUACGUGGUAAGCGGUAGCGUGGAUCAGACGGUGAAGAUUUGGGAGUGCCGCUAGUCACCGAACUUUCGAAUUUUCUUCAAGAUUUCGCGACACUGAGUUGAGCACAGGGGGAGACGCGCGAAUCCAAUUCUGUGAAAAUGGCCGAAAGAGUAAGCUGCUACAAAAGCUAUCGUACAUACUACUACUACUACUACUACUACAAAUAUUAUAAUUAUAAUUAUUAUACAACACAUAAACACAUACGGUUAAGAGCUCUUUAAUUAAUUUAUAAUAAAGUAUAAUUAGUAAUUAAUAUUAUUGUACAAGCCGUAUACGUAUAUAUACACGUAUGUAUCAACGUAUGCGUAAUGCUACGUGGGACCACGUGUACGUAUACGUAUAUCGUUUCAACGGUAACGAAUUAUACGAACGAUUAGUACGAAAUGGAUCGAUUAACGAGGCGAUUAUGGAAACGUAGCCGAGGAGGACGAUUGCCAAUCAUCAUCUUCAGCAUUGAUCAUUUUCCUACGGUUCUCGACCCGUUUCGCCUGUACUUCGUUCCGCGCACAUUCGUUCAGCCACGACUUUUACUUUUUAUCAUUCACACUGCUCACUGACGUCCCGACCUUCUGAAACGUCAACUGAAUAGAAUGACAAUUUACGCGAAGGAAGACAGCGCGUAGGGGAUCGUCGGGCGUCUCGCGGGGCGCUAUUGCCAAGCUUCGUUGAUUCAUCUUCUAAGCGUCACUAUCAAUUAAACAUUACUCAACGACUACUAGAGUACAAUCUACAUCGCGACCAGUAAUCAUAGCGAGCGAGACUCACAAGCAAGACUUCGGAAUCCACCUGCGUGUAAUGUCCUCCUCGAGCUCAUCUUGGACCUGUAAAGGAAACUGCGACAUCGCAAUAACCAUUGCAUUGCAAUAGGAUACUACCACUCUUUCUUUAUUUAUAUACAUACGGAUAUACCAUCGCAACACUUAUACUAUUACGAAGAAUACGAUUAAUAAUUAAUAAUCAACCUUACGAUCGAUUACUACAAUUACUGUACCAUGGAUGAAUUUGUACUUUCACCAGAGAGACGACACUGCAAGUCGAGAUACGAGUUCGAGUCGGGUCUUCUUCUCUUUUUUUUUCUUCUCUUUUCUAUUGCCUAUUCUACUUUCUCCUCGAGUCUCCACAGCUUGUCUCUCUCAUUUGACACAUAUUUUUACACUUUCUUACUCUUCUGCUUUUUUUUUUUUUUUUAAUCUGUCUCGCCUCUGCCUACGGUAGCCUAUCUUUUUUUAAUACAUCUCUUGCUUUUUUGCUUUUAUAACGUGCAGCAGAUAGGAUUGUUGCGUACGUGUAUAUAGAGAGCACGUGUAUAUUGUUUUGACAUAAAUCUAUUUUCUAUUCGGUAGAACCAAUAAGACUGUCUUCUGUAUUACCAAGACGUCUUAACGUGAAUUUCUAAAUCACUCGAAAUGUAUGCGAUUCGAGUCGACGAGAUGUAAACAUUCGUUAUCUCUGCUUUCUCUCGUUUUCCCUUUUAUCUGUUUUUGCAUCUGCUUCGUUCGAUUCUUAUUUGGUAAUUCCGACUGUCUUCGUACUCGCUGGGAUAUUAACCUCGUUCGCGUUAUUAAACGAGCCGAAGACACGCCAACGUAACAGGUCCAAAUGCUUUUGAUGCUCUUCUCCGCGCGAGAAUUAAUGAAGGAAAGGCGGACGAGUUUUAACGGAAUCCGACGAGCCAAUAACUUCCGCUCCUGAGAUAAACCGAGAGAAUCCAGAGAAACUUGACUUUUCGCCAACGCUCGGCGUCCAAUCGACGUGCAUUAUUAAUAAUAAAUAACUAAUUAACAUAUAGCGGCGGUAGUAGCGAGCGUCACGUUAAGGGGGGACGAGGAAAAAAGAUAAUUGUGAAAACCGACGUAAACGUAUGAUACACGUAAGAGACGUUGCAAAUUUUAAUUAUCCAAAAAGCAACGCGUAUUAACUAUCGUACGAAAAUCAUUAGUCGCGUAGCUUUUCCUUUUUCAAACGGGUUCCGAAAAAAAAUUUAAAAAAAAACGCCCCGCGUAUAAUUAACUAGGAACGUAUUUACUAAAGUAACCACUAACUAAGGGUAGUGCAAAAUGUAAACGUAGUUAACAAAAAAAAAAUGGAAGUAAGGGGGAGUGGAGGAGAUGCAGUUUUUUUGUUUUGGAUUAUAUGUAUAAACCAAUGCUCAGGCAACCGCGUUUCUCUUGGUCUCGAGCACAGUAAUAUGAUUAAUGCGAAAACAAAAUGGAAAUACGCGCAGACAACCAAGAAAACACUCGCACGAGAAAGAAAUUCACAGGCGACUUGCAGGAGCUAUGAUAGGCGAUGAUGAUUAAUUAAGAAUGAAUUAUCAAACAGUA